AUGGAGAAAAAUUUUUGCCAAUGGCAAAGUACACAACGCAAUAAUCCACAGAUGCGAAAUUUAAAUAAUUCUCAUGUUGCAUUACUUUUAACAAGACAUCACAUUUGCUUGUCUCCAGAUGGUAACAAACAUUGUAAUGCAAUUGGAAUGGCUCACUUAGGCACAAUAUGCAAUCCAGACUUAUCGUGUACCGUAGUAAACGAUGGUCCUUAUUCAACAGCUCCAAUUAUUGCACACGAACUCGGUCAUUUAUUGGGCAUGGAUCACGAUAGCCACAACAAUCCAUGCUUGAAAAAUGACAAUAAUGGAUCAUUACAUUUGAUGAAUUAUCAAGCAACAAAUAUACAUCCGUUGAUGUGGUCCAAUUGUUCUGAUGAAUACGUUACACGAUUUCUUGAAUCUGGUGGUGGUGACUGUCUCCUUGCCGAACCGACAGAAAAAUUUGAUGAAACAAGAUAUCGACAUUUAGGUCAACAGUAUUCACUCAAUAAAACGUGUGAAAUUGCAUGGGGUCCAGGAUAUUAUACAAAUAAACUGAAGGAUGAUGAAAAAUGUGGAAAAUUCCGGUGUUAUCAUAAAAAUGAAGAAAUGGCGAAUAUUGCUUCUCAUCGGUGGCUUACUGUCUCAGAUGGCACAACUUGUGGCGAUAAUAAAAUAUGCUAUGAAGGUGAAUGUAUCUCGGCAAAUAAAAUGACACCCGUCAAUGGUGGAUGGAGUGAUUACGGAGAUUUUGGUGAAUGCUCAAGAACUUGUGGUGGUGGUAUUAAAAUAAGAUAUCGAUAUUGUAAUAAUCCAACACCAAUGUACGGUGGUCAAUAUUGUUUGGGAAAAAAAAAAGAUUAUGAAAUUUGUGCUUCUAACAAAUGCCCUGGAGGAUCACAAAAUUUUAGAGACAGCCAGUGUGCUGAAUUUAACAAUAAAAAUUUAAGUAGUGUGGGUAUUCAAAGUAUAAGUGCCAAUUGGAAAUCUGAUGAAGCUGCUGAUGAUUUUUGUGUGUUGUAUUGUAAAAAUGAAAACAAAGAUUCUCAUUAUCUACAAAAUCGAGUAAUUGACGGCACUCCAUGCAGAGGCGAGGAUUUUCAUAUGUGUGUUCAUGGUGUAUGCAAAAAAUAUGGAUGUGAUUAUAAAUUAAACUCAACUACUGAAUUUGAUAUUUGUGGGGUUUGUAAUGGAAACAAUUCUACUUGUCAUAAAAUUACAAAAAGUUUCACUUUUACACCAACGCCUGAACAUCAAAAUCUACCAAGUUAUCAUCACGUUUAUACAAUUCCAGCUGGGAGUCAUCAUAUUGAUAUUAAACAGUACACCGCAAAUUCAUCUGAUCGUUACAAUUACAUUGCAUUAAAGAUUGCUAAAAAUGGAAGUUAUAUUUUAAAUGAUGACAAAGGUGGUAUAAAACGGUACUCCCAAGUUUACGAAUCAAAUGGAAUUAAUAUUGAAUAUAGUGUUAUUAAUGAUGCCUAUAUGCGAGUAAAUAUUAUCAAGCCUAUUGUCGAUGAUAUAGUUGUUGAGGUAUUAUUUACAUAUGAGUUUGUACUUACACAAACAUCAUUAGAAUUCUAUAUUCCAAGUAGAAGUAAUAGACAUGAUUAUCGUUGGAAAAUUGGUGAAUGGUCACGUUGUAAUGCAACUUGUCAGGGUAUUAAAAAGAGAGAUGUUAAAUGCCAAAGAAUCGAGGAUAGUGAAAUAGUAGCAGAUAGUUUUUGUAAAACUAAACCAGCAAAAAGUUCCAUGGAAUGUAAUUCAAAUUGCGUUUUACGAUGGGAUAUUGAAAACAAAACAGCGUGUUCUGCUAAGUGUGGACAUGGUACACGAAAUAUCAAUUACAACUGUGUACGAGAUUUCAUUCAAGGAACAAUCAGCACUGUGGAACAAUUGAAUCCAACAUCUUGUUCACACAUUGAAAAACCAAUUGAAUCUGAAGGAUGCUAUACAAAAUGUUCUGCAAACUGGAAAUAUUCAAAUUGGGGAGAUUGUAAUGUUACUUGUGGUGGUGGUGUUAGAAUAAGAAGAGCACAGUGUGUUGACAAUACUGGAAAAGAAUUAAACGAAAAUAUGUGUAAUUUAAAAAAGGACCUGAUAGAAUCAUGUGGUCUCAAUGAAUGUCCCAAGUGGGUCACAGGACCAUGGUCAGCUUGUUCAGUUAGUCUUGAUAAAGGUGAAAAAGAAAGACAAGUUACAUGUAAAAUUGGAAAUAAAAUAGUUAAUAAUUCAUACUGUGAAGGAUCAAUGCCUGACAAUAAAAAAACUUGCAAUAAACGUUCUUCUACUGAUCCAAAUAAAAAAAAAGUUGUUUCUAAUGAUAGAGCUUUAAAAUUAAUUGAAAGAAUGGAUCUAGUUAUCAAUGAUUUAAGAAGUCAAUACUCAAAUAUAAAAAAGUUUUUUGAAAAAGAUGAAGGUCCAUUACAGGACAAACCUAACAAAGAAAUAGAAAAUUUGUUCGAAAAAUUUCAGACUUUUUUGAAAAGUAAUAAGAUUCAAAGAGCUAUCAACAAAAUAUGUAUCAACAAAAUAGUUGCACAAGUUGAAGAAUAUCGUUUCAAUGCAGACAACAGUAUAGGUAUCUGUUCCGUUAUGCGUUCAAAAACUUUGAUGUCAAUUGUCAAAGAAAUCAAAUCGUCAGCAGAUCAUGCAAUUGCUGAGUCUUAUCAUAAAAGCAAUCUUCAAAACAAGUGUAUUGAAAAUACGAUUGGAAUAUCAAAAAAAUACUGUGAUUCUGAGAUGUCAUCUGUAAUUAAACUUAUUAAGAUGCUUGAAGCUAGCGCAAACACGUUGAAAGAUCGUACAAUGAAAUCUUCAAUAACAACAGGAGCUUCGUGUUACGAUGAACCUGUUCAAUUAUUUAAUAGAUUAGUCCAAAAUUCCUACAGUUCAGCAGUAUCUUGUCUUUAA